AUUUGGAGCGGCCUUGGCUGACCCGGAAAUAAAGCAAAACGCGGAAGAACCAGGAACUGGAUACCACAAAUUUAUUAAUGCACAUCGAUAAACCGUUAUUCUCAAUAUAUUAGAUGUUACGAAAGAUUUGAGGACCAGAUAUUUUUUGGAAUGGGGAAUCUCCUGAAGAUUCUUAUGAAAGAUGAAACCUCAAAAGACAGUCGUGAUGUAUUUGUUGAUUUUGAAAAUGCACAACCCACAGAGGCUGAACGAACAGUUUAUGAUAAAGUAAAAAUUGUUCUUGAAAAAAGUCAGACUAUUCUUAAAGAUAUACAACAAUACACAGGAGCAACAGAAGCAAUAAGACAGGCUAUAUCUAAUCCAAAAUCAGAUGAAUUACAAGACAAGGCUUGGCAAGCAGUAUGUCCACUUGUUGGAAAAUUGAAAAAUUAUUAUGAAUUUUCCAAUGAAGUAGAUGGAAUUGUACAAGAAUUACUUCAAGUGUUGUGUUCCAAUGAUUUAUCCCCUAGAGAACAUUUAGAGCAGCAGCAAGCUUUGUUUAGACAGUUUGCAGACAUAUUAGAUUUUGUACUCCGUUUUGAUGAUCUGAAGAUGACCAACCCCUCCAUACAGAAUGAUUUUAGUUAUUACAGAAGGACUUUAAGUAGAAUGAAAUUGGCAAAUGAGGAGCACAUAGUUGAAAAUAUAGUGUCAAACGAAAUGGCAAAUAGAAUAGCUUUGUUUUAUGCUAAUUCUACACCUAUGUUGAAAGUUCUAAGUGAAGCUACAACAAAAUUUGUAUCAACACAUAAAGACUUACCAGUAGAAAAUACAACAGAUUGUUUGAGUACAAUGGCAGAUAUAUGUAAAGUCAUGAUCGAAUCUCCGGAAUUUACAUCACGCUUCCAAAGUGUAGAGACCAAAUUGUUCUGUUUACGUGUAAUGGUUGGAGUUAUCAUUCUUUAUGACUAUGUCCAUCCUGUUGGUGCUUUUGCUAAAGGUUCAAUGAUAGAUAUAAAAGGUUCCAUAAAAGUUCUUAAGGACCAAGAACAGAGACGAGUGGAAGGAUUAUUAAAUGCUUUAAGGUAUACAACUUUACAUUUAAAUGAUGAAUCUACACCAAAAACAAUCAAGUCCAUGUUAGCCACCAAUUAAUUUUAUAGUGCUAUAUGUCAUCAUGUGAUUGUCAUGUGAUUUACAACGAUAGAAAAAUAAUGUGAUGUGAUGUAAUGUUUUGUUGUUUGUUAUACUUUUUUAUAGAAAUUAUAUGCAUAUUUGUUAAGAUUUUCAUAUUUUGUAUGAGCUAUUUUGUAAACUUUUUUUCAAAUGCUUUAUCUUUUUCUGUACAAUUUCAGAGUAGUAAUUUUUAUUAUUAUGAAUUGUUUAUGUUUAAAGCUGUUUUGCUCAUUGGAGAUGAAAAAAAUAACUGUUAAUAGCAGUAUGUUAAGUUUGUUCUUGUAACUGUAAAAACCGGUGUUACUUAAAGAAUUUAUUACACUGAUUUGAGAGUUAUCAUACUCGUAGGACAUUGUUUUUCUUUUCUUCAAUUUCUAUGACUUAAAGUUUUAAGAAAAAAGUUGCAUAUCAAUGGUUGAUUAAAUUAUGAAAACCUGUUUGGUGUAUAUGCCAUUACUUUAUCCAAGGAUUUGUUUGUAUUUCAAGUAUUAAAAUUUUUGGCAAUAAGUUUAUCCAAUUGUGUUAAAGUGAUAAGUAAACAGUUUAUUCUCUAAAAACCAAUAAAACAAAAGUACAAAGAAACAUACAAUACAUAUUUAAACAUGCAAUAGUACGACAAAUGUUGUGGUUUUAUUUUAAAGCCAGUAUUGCAUAGCCCUUGUUGAUGAUCUCUGUCUACACUGUUAUAAUUUCUUUCUAUAUAUAAUUAAUUAAAAUCAAAAUAUUUGCAGAAGAUUUCCUGGAAAAAAAAACAUUCUGAUAUGUUUUUCACACAGAUUAUAAUUAUCAUGAUGGAAAUGUACAGUUUAUCGAAAAUAACAUAAUUUAGUGAUUUAUCUUAAGUUCUUUUACCAGAGAUAGUUUCAGUGUGUGUUGUCCUACAUGACAGGAAUUGGUGUAUUGUAUGAUUUAUAGGACAGUCACUGAUGAAAUGAGAAAUGUAAUAAAAUGGCUAGAUGACUUUUUUGUGUGCUGUCUCUUUGACAUAUACCUAGAUCUCAUUUGAUUAAUUUCAAAAUUCACUGACUAAUUUGCAUUUAUAGAAAUCAUUGGUACUUGACAUAUGAAUUUUAGUAUUUAUUCACUCUCAAAACAUUCUGAGAAAAAAAGAUGAUUGAUAUUGCUUGGAAAAAUCUGGACAGAGCAGACAGCUUUUAACAAUCACUGGCAUAUAUGUUGUGGAUUAUGUUUUGCUCAAGGACCACUUAUUUCUUAACAAACCAGAUAACCGCAAUUAUUUGUGCCAUAGCUAUUGUAAACUCAUCUGUUUUUGUGUCUAGAGGUAUUAUAUGGAAACAUUUAAUUAUAGACUGGAAUAUUUUAGAUAGUUAGAUAGUCUAACAACACAUCAAUACACAGUCAACCAAUGGCAAAAGAAAAGAGCAAAAAAAAUUAUCAGCUUAUUUAAAGAGAUUGGCAUAAAACAAAAAAAAAUCACUUUUAUCAUACUGAAAAACAAUUUUUAGGUCAACUUUAAUGCACUUGUGAAUAUAACCUAUUUGGUUUUCCAGAUAACAUAUUUGCGUUAUUUAUCAGGGUUUAACUAGUAGUUGCUCAUGCUAUGAGAGAUCUGUUUGACUUCCGUGUGUGAAUCUGCUGCUUCAUAAUAUUUGUUGUUAUUGCGCUGAAAAUUCAUUGUUUGAAUGUGUGGAAUUGUACUUUGUUUUGCUUUGUUUACAUUUUUGUAUACUUGAAAUGAAUUUUGAAACACUUGACUUUUGUAGAAAUUUUUUAUUAACCUUUAGGAAUGACUGGUAAAGACCAAAUUUAAUAUUAUCUGUUGGACCAAUUUAAUGUUUAUAAAAGCGAUACAGUAUAAUAAAAUUAUAAUUAUUAUGAUUUCUUCACCCUCUUUAAACCGACUAAGUUGAAGGAUUUUUGAGCAUUUUUUUACAUGAAACAAAAUUUGAAGGUGAUUGUUGGGAUGAAAUCUAAUUUCAUAUGUAUUAGACAUAUGAAGAAUUUAUCUUAUUUCUAUUUGUAGACUGAGAUACCUUUCUUGUAGGUUAGAUGCAUGAACAAAUUUUGAAAUUUUUAGGUUACAUAAAUAAAUGCAGAUUUUUUUAUGUAAUCAGAUCAAUCAGAAGAGAUUUGAAAAUUAUCUAUUUUAUGUGUUGUCCAGAAACCUUUUAAGCCUGUUGGUAUCACAGGGAUAAGUUGUUCACUGAAUUGCUUUAUUUUCCAAAAUUUCAGCAACCAAUUUAGAUUAUCUUAGGGUUUAGUAUGUGCUUUGUUAGCAACUUUCAUACUAACAGAGAAAAGAUGAUGAAGUGUCAUGUAAAAUGAUUUUUUUGACGAAAGAUGCAUUUAUAAUCUGUAAGUUAAAUUUUUUAGAAAAGAUUUAAAGUAAUUAUUGGCAAUUUAGGUUAAGGUACUACUUGAUCAUAGUGCUAUCAUGAAUAUCUUGGUAGAACACUGAAAUUUACUUCAAGCAUAUAUUUCCAAAAAAGAAAAUGAAAUAUAUAUAUAUAUAUAUGAUAGUAUAUCAAAAUAGUGGUUCUUCUAUCUGGAAUUCGAGAAGAUUAUGACAAAAAGAGGCACAUCAUAACAGAAUUUAGCAUGUGAUGGUGUAUGCCCAAACCUUUGUUAACAUUUGGCACUCUAUGUUCUAAAAUCAAACAUUUGAAACACUUAUGUUCUGAAAUCAAUAUUCAUUUAGUUAUGUUUUCAGUGGUAGAACAUAUUCUUUUGACAUACAGAAUUGUGUAUAAAGAAGCAGGUUUAUGCCAUUAUGCACUGCCAAAUGUAUAAUUUUGGAUAUCAAUUUGUUAUUUUACUAUAAAUACCAUUGAAAGGAAAAUGUAUGUUUGUGUUCAUAUUACUGAGGGAUAAAAAUCAGAAAAAUUCUUUAUCAGAGUAACAUUAUACAUGUAAUAUUAUAGGGUAGGGACGUAAGUGCCACACAAAUUUUUUUUCAUUGCUUUCUGUGUAAUCUUAUUUUAAUCUUUUAGAUGUCAACAUUUUAUAUUUUAUACAUGGAACAAUAAACUUAACAUACACACAGUCACAUCAUAUUGAAGUGUAUUGUGAUUAUAUUGAAUAAAUUAAUUCAGUAAAAAAAAUUCUUAAUAUUAGUAUGUAAUUACAAGGGUUUCCAAAUUGGUCAUAUUAUAGACUUGUCUUAUAUUUCUUUUGAAUGUCUUUUAUAGAAUUUUGCUCCGUGAAUUUUACCACUUUUUAUAUGAUAAUGCCCUUAAUAAAUUUAUAUUCCCAUACAAGUUGUAAGAGGUAUUUUGUAAUGUUCUUUUUCAUUCUGUAAGGGUGUAAGAAUGUCAAUAACGUUUUUUGUAUGCUUUUUCAAAUAACUGUUUUUUGUCAAUCAAACCUGUACUAUGAAAUAUCAAUUACUUUUGUAUUCAUCGAUGAAUGAAAAACAUUUAUAUUAUGUGUCUUAGCUCUUCUUUUUUUUCCUAAGAAUUACAAUUCACUAUGAAGAAACAUUUUGGUGGUCAACUGAACCUUCACAAUGAAUUAAAUUGAUUUUAUUAAUUGUAUACCUUUUGAUAAGAUACAUAAAAAAUCUGUUAUAAAAUUUAAUCAUAACAUAUUAAAGACAAAAGAACAGGUACAUCCAGCAGCACCUCCAAUGAAUGCCAGUUUCCUGUAAUUAAUUUAAAAAUAUGUUAUUUUGAAUGCCAGACAUUGUUUUAACCAGAGCUCAUAGAUGUUUUCUAAGAAUGUAAGAAAUGAUAACAUAAUUUUAUAAAUCAGUGUAACUUAUAACCAGUAUAACCAUAUGUGUACAUAAAUUAUUGACAUUCCAAUAUCCAAAAACAUAUUUAAACCAUUCCAAUCAAAUUUAAUAUAUUUUGUAAUAAAAAUCCAUUUGUAACAUUACCUUUUUAUUUAUUACUCUAUGUAAGUACAAACUUGUAUCAUAUUCCUACUUUGAAAUUUCUUUAAAAACAUUUUAAACCUCAGGAAAUAGUUCUAUUGCUUUUCAUAGAGUUGACAACUUAUAAGGAAGUUUUGUUGUUGGAAAGGAGUAUUAACUUGGAAUAAAGGAAACUAUUUUUUGCAACUGUCAUAUCUUUGCUUUUUGUUGGCAGUCUUCUAGUACGCUUUAAAAUAUAUCAAGAGAAGUGAGCUUUGUACACAUCAGCAUAUAAAGACGUGGAGUGAUUCCUUUUUUUACAAUCUGAUGCCCAGUCAGUUUUUUCUAUAGAAGGAAAGAUUUCACAUUACCAAACCAAGCCAUCAGUCAUAGUAGAAUAUGACAUUAUAACGUGUCAAAUUUUACUUACCAGAUAUUGACAAGGGUUUCUGUUGUAAAUUCUUAAGUGUAGCAGAAACAUGAUCACAAUGAUUUGUAAUGUGGAUAAAUGUCAGAAAUAUUUAUUUGGAUUUUAAUUGUUUUCUUGUAAAGUGAAACUUAAUACAGUUAUGGAUGUCCAUAUUUCCAUUAUUCGAAUAUCCCAAAAAUCCAACAGUUGACUUUUUUGUUUUGCCCUUAUAUAUUUAGUUGAUUUUCGGUUUAUGAAUGCAUAAUAGUUUUGGAUUUUGGAUGACCUACUUUUAAUGGGAUUAUGAUCAUGUAGAUAUUGUGCUAAAGAUAGUGUUGAGUUAUAGAUCAAGCAUGUGUUCUCUUUACAAAAUUUCAGAGCCCUGUCAUUUUGCAGGCAGGGGCAUUUGUAUCUGCCAGACACUACUUGUUUUUUUUUUAUUUCAUUUAUAGGACAAAGUUGCAAGAGAGAAACUUUUACAUUUGCAGUUGUUUAAUUAAGUAUUUAUUUGAUGCUAGGUGUAGAUCCUAUGUGUACUAAUAUUUCAAAAGUUAUAUUAAAAAUGUAAAAACAGAUUUUUAAAUACAGAUACAGUGUCUGAAUGGUAUAUAGUUAGAAAAAUAAUUUUAACAUAGUAAAUAAUUAUAUCAUUAAUAUAUCAAUAAUAAGUGUCUUGUGUUACUGUUAUGAAAAAAUAUGUCAGUAUUGCAAACUUUAGUAAAUCAAUUCUCGUCUUUAUUAUGCUUCAAGUUUAUAUCAAAUUUAAAAAUUCUCAUUAUGAAUCUCUUGAUUAAAUCAUUACAUAAUUAUUACCAUGUAAAAACUUGUUAUGUCCCUUUGAACCUCUAACUGCAGCUUAGUUUGAUCAAUGGUGAUUAAAACUUCAAUUUCAUUUUUUAAGUGCAUUAGAACUCGUUCAAGUUGUGCAGGUUUAUAAAAUAAUACAAAUCCAUUUUGCUAUGUUCAUUUUAUGGUUUAAAAUGCUUCAGCAUAGCAGAAAGGAGAGAUUUACCAAGUAAUUUAUUUGUAUGACUGAUAAAGCUUUACAUCCACUCCAUCCUCAAUUAAUGUUUAAAAUUUUAAUUUUUCAGUGUUCUCCUUUUUGGGUAAGGUUCUGCAAAAAAUGCAGCUUUGGCAACUAGAAUUAUUCAUUUGAAUUACACUUUCCCUACAUGUAUAUAUCUUUCUAGAUUAAGAAGUUCCGAGUAAAGACCAGUCAUAAGAAACUUACAAUAGUUGAAUUGAUUUACAAAAUUAUUAUACAAGUAUUAGAGUUUAUUGCAACUAAUUUAUAUCAAAUGGAUGUUUCCCUUAAUUCUUUUAUUCAGUAUAAAAUAAUCCUAUCUUGAUUCUCUAAUUUUUUGGAAUAUUUGGUAUUUGAAUAUAUAUUUUUUUUUUAAAUUGUUGAAAUUGUAAGUCUCAAUUAUAGAUUAAGCAACAGAUGGGGCCAAACAUAAUUUACAAAAAUAAUUCAUAUUAACAUUAUUAGUAAUAGACUAUAUAUCAGAUGGGACCACAACAGAAAUUACAAAAAAAAAAAAAUUAUUAUAAUAUAAGUACUUAAUAAGAGACCUCACAACAGAUGUUUGGGACCACAAAGAAAUUACAAAAAAAUAUUUAUCAAGUUCAAAAUAAUUUUGAAAUAAUACUACAAAUUGUAUCUCCCCUCUAAUGGAAUUACAAUGAUUUCAACUGAGAAUGAAAACAUUAUCUCUCCUGGACUUUUGAAUGAACAGAUUAUUACUUUGUUUGCCUAUAUUUUUACCAAUUUUUUGACGAAAGUUGGAUGCAAAAACAAGAAUUGAUUUACUGUUGGAUCUACAUCUGAUAAAUUUUUGUUGUGUUAAAAAAUAUAAUGUGUAGUUGGCUUUUCAUCUACUGUAAAUUAUGUCAUUAAAGCCAUUGGACUGUA